AUGGCAUGGCCCAAUCAGACUGCAUUCAACGGCUUCAUCCUUUUGGGGUUUUCUAACUUAGGCCAGCUCCAGGGUCUCCUCUUUGUUGUGUUUAUGCUCAUCUACAUGUUGACACUAACGGGCAACUUCUUCAUCAUACUGUUGACAAGUAUGGAUCCCACCUUGUGUAGCCCAAUGUACUUCUUCCUACAGAACCUAUCCUUUGCUGAAGUUGGAUUUGUAUCAACUACCAUCCCUAAAGUGCUUGUGGACCUUCUCUCGGAGCAAAAGACCAUCUCCUUAUUAGAGUGCCGGACACAGAUGUUUUUCUUCUUCUUCUUUGGGACCACGGAGUGUUUCCUUUUGAUAGCCAUGGCAUAUGACCGUUUUGUUGCCAUAUGCAACCCUCUGCGGUACAUGGUUAUAAUGAACAGGAAGUUCUGUCUGCUGGUGACAAUGGCUACAUGGUCUUCAGGAUUCCCUGUUGGGACUGCACAGACUAUGUGGCUGUUUAGUUUCCCAUUCUGUGGGUCCAGAACUGUUUCUCAUUUCCACUGUGACACUCCACCAAUACUUCAGCUGGCUUGUGGAGAUACUUCCAGAUUUGAGCUCUUUUCCCUCAUAGGCACUUUUAUAAUAAUUAUUUGUCCUUUCACACUGAUUCUAAUCUCCUACAUCUAUAUUUUAGACACUAUUUUGAAGAUGCCUUCUGCUGAAGGGAGACAUAAAGCCUUCUCCACUUGCUCUUCACACAUCAUUGUAGUGACUCUGUUUUAUGGCACAGCCAGUCUCACUUAUUUUCGACCUCGGUCCAACUAUUCUCCAGAGACCAAACAGUUGCUUUCUCUCUCCUAUGUUAUCAUCACACCCAUGCUGAAUCCCAUCAUCUACAGUUUGCGAAACAAGGAGGUGAAAAAUGCCAUCAGCAGGUUGCUCAGUAAGAGACUCUGUUGA